AGCAGUUCAUUUUCCACUUCCGGGUUAUGUAAGUGUUGCAGAAGCUAUGACAUUGUUCCUAACAACAAACGAGUUGGUCUCUUGAGUGACUUAUACUUUGUUUUCCUACAUGCAUUGAAGUCUCGGGCGUUCUCGUCAUCAUGUCAUCUACUCCCGCAGACUUUACAGAGGUGCGGCAGCGCGUACCGGCGCAGAUGCCCCUGGGUAUGGACUACGUCCUCACGGAGGAGGAGAAGAGGAUAAUGCUGGAGUGCAGGCGUGAGAGCUUCUUUUAUAGAUCUGUGCCCUUUUCUGUGAUCAGCAUGGCCAUCACUCAGGCCCUAGUGACCAGAGGAGCUCUUUCUGCAUCACCCAGGUUUGGAUCGCUACCCAAAGUGGCCUUUGCUGGCUUCUGUGGCUUCCUGGCUGGGAAUAUUUCGUACGGGAAGACGUGCCUGGAGAAGUUCAAGAGGCUAGAGAACUCUCCUCUGGGAGAAAUCCUGAGGCAGAGGGCAGGGAUGCCUCGACAUCACUCCAGCGGUGGUCAGUCGGAGCGGAACGACCCUAACACCUCUUCGUUUGACGCCAUGUUCCAGCCAACAGAAGCUCCAAACACACCCAGCCUCGACGACGACGACUACGGAUUCAACCCUGAUGAACCUGUUCAAGCGGGUCGAGCAGAUGACUUUAGUGCUCCAGUUCAGUCUUACAUGGACGAGAACGCGGAGCCUAGGAAGAAACCCGUCCUCUAUGAGGACCUGAGACACAAAAACAGAGAGAACUACGAGGUGACGCUCAUUCAGAAGGCAGACACGAUGGUCAGAGCUCCAUCAGAGGAGUCAGAAAGGCCUAAAAAGCAGGUGAAGAAGAACAUCUAUGGAGACACGUGGGAGGAAUAAGGCCGAUGACUGGGUCCGAGCUGUGAUAACACUGAUGCUGCGGGACUCACUGAUGACUUUUAGUCUAGUUUGUGUGAGUUUUUGAGUAAAAGACAUUUGAAGCAUAAAUAAAGACAAACUGGAUGGCUGAUGA